AUGGCCAGCGUGCCCGACGCAGCGCUCGCCGCUGCCGACCCCCGGGUCCUGGCCUUAGCUGCUCAGGUCACUGAGAGCAGAGAGCAGGACAUCCCCCUGCUACUUCUGAAGUUAAAGGGAAUUUUAAGUAACACUUCCUUGGGAUGUGAAGAAUCAAAAAAAAUAAAGCAAGAUAUAUAUGAUUAUGACCUUACUCAGUACUGCAUGCUGGUCCUUAGACAAGACCACUCUCAACUGCCUGGGGGCUGGGCUACUGCUGCCCAGCUGGCAGAGAUACUAAGUCAUUGUUGUGUAGGUCUAGAGGUGAAAGGAGAUCCUGAGGAAUUUUACAAGAAAUUUCUGCCUUCAGCUAUAGACAACCUGCUGUUUUUGGGAAGACGUUUGCAAGCACGAUUUAUCCGAGCAAUCAAGGAUGGAAAGAAACAAGAUUUUUUACGCUGGUUCCGAACAGUAACAGAUGCCAUCUGCUGGCUGUUUGGUGGGCAUAUUCAACUAACAGCAUGUGUACUGCAAAAUGAUCACUUCCUGCAGUUGUUAAUAACAGAUGAUGUUGAAACAGCGAUUGUAACGAUGUCUGUUUUACACAAUAUUUUGAGGGUAAAUAGUUCUGUCUUGCUUCAGGUUGAUGAAGAGACCCUUCACUCUGUUUUGGAUGAACUUGUUUAUAAGCUUUCGUCUACCACCAAUCCUGUCAUAGGAACUGCUGCUAUAAAACUCCUGUUGUUGGUGGCAAAAUUUUGCAAGCAGCUUGCAAAGUUACUCACAGCUCGCUACAAAGGAUUAAAAAGUCUUUUAAGUAAACAGUGGACUGGCAAAGGAUUUGACAAGGAUCUCAGUCAACUCUUGGACCUGCUGUACUUGGAACAAUCCAAUGGAAAAGGAGAAAUACAGGGGCAGCAUCAAGCAGCUUGUAUAAUCCAGGCUACAUGGAGGGGCUAUCAGACAAGGAAAAAGCUGAAAAAACUACCCCAAGCCGUGACCGCUUUACAGAGGAGCUUCAGAGCUAAACGGGAACAGGAUCUACAGCACUUAAAACAGAAGGAAGAUGAGGCUCUAAAGGUGCAAAUGCAACUUCAGAGACAGAGAGCCAUGAGGCACUUCCAUGAACGACAGCUGGCCGUACUGGAAAUAAUCCAUGCCAGUCAGGUAAAUAAGUACCUGGAGGAAACAGAGGGGAAAUCAGCAUUAACUAUCCAGAGAUUCUGGCGAGGGUAUAGAGCAAGACGAAAUUUUCAUCAGCAGAGACGAUCUCUUAAGGAGUAUAAAGCAGCUGUCAUCAUUCAGAGAGCAGUUUGCAAAUUAUUGGAAAAACGAAGAAGCAGGAGACCUGUCUUGCCUUGGAAAGAUCCCAAGGGACUGACUGAUGAGCAGAGAGCAGCUUUGCAGCAGAAGGUGGAUGACUACAUCAAAUUGCAUCCGGCUUCCCAAAUGUCAGAAGAAAUGAGUAAGGAAUUACAUAUGCAGGCCCAGGAAAAGCUGGCACGGUUCCUGUUGAGGAGCAGACUGGACCAGAGAGCAACACAGCGGAGAGAGACGUUACUGGCUCAAGUCAACACUGAUGCGGAGCUGCUGACGAAUUCUCCAGGCUUAGCAGAGACCACAGAAAAAGAUCUCUGUGUCUUUGUGAGUCGAUCAAUCCCUGUAGCUACCAAGGCAAGAGAAUCCCACAACACUAUGCUGAAAUACAUGUGCUGGCCGUGGUGGAAGAAGCUUGGAGAGGAGUUUAUGGAGGGUGAUGUCAUUCCUGAUGAUGCCCUAAAUGCAGAACUGGGAACACUGUUUAUUGCUGGAAAGAAAUCCUCUUAG